AUGUUCCUCGGCCAGCUGACCACUCUCCUGAGCCUGCUCAGUGGGGCCUGGUUGCACACAGGCUCCGGGAGGCCUGGACUCCUGCGGCCCCCACCUCAGCUCUGGGAUGCUACCAAUCAGACCCGGGCCCUGGGCCGAGGGACCCUAGGUUUCCAGGGACAGUCCUCUGCCCUCAGCAGCUGGAAGGCCUUCUUGGGCCUGCAGAAAACUGGGCCGCUGGGGAGAGGUGGCCAGCACCAUGGGCAGGAGAUGGCCCCGACCGUGUCUCUGCCACUGGACCCACAGGAAGUGGCCCAGGAGAUGUGCAAGGCUGUGCCCUACACUCAGGUGCUCUCCCAGCCCGGCUGCUCGUCAGUUCACCUCCGCAAUCACCUCUGCUUUGGCCGCUGCUCCUCCCUCUACAUCCCCAGCUCGCAGCCCACCCCGCUCAUCCUCUGCAACAGCUGUGUGCCCGCUCGCAAGCGCCGGACCCCUGUCCUCCUGUGGUGUCGGGCGAGUCGCCCAGACUCCCGUCGACGGAUGAAGACAUCUACUGUGCUGGUUGAAGGCUGUCAGUGCAGCCCAAAGGCGUGA